GAGGUGCCGCCGCCAGUCGGUAUACACCGUUAUCGCGUUGUUGCCUCUUCGCGCCUGCAUGUGUAUUCGCGCGGCGGUGAGAGAGUAAAGGCACCGAAAGGACUCUCGCGCGUUGACUAGUGGACGACGAUUUUAGCGAACGGUGUGUGGCAGAAAAACAGCGAAACAGAGCGAAAGGAGCGCGCACGAGAGCAAGACAUAUACGAUACGCGACGGACGGACGCGAGUACUCACGAAGAAGCACGGGGACUCUUUAUGCUAGCACUUGGUGUGUGAGUGUUUAGAGAAAAGUGCAAAACGCAUCGCUUUUUUCCUGCGUUCGCAUCUCGCCGUAAUUUUCGUACGCUUAUUUAAAUUUCCAACUUAGUUGUGUUCGAGAAACGUGACGCGAAGGAUGUUUGGUCAGCGACUGCGACAACAGCUGCAAGCGUUUAGCCCUAAUGUGAAUACAAGUGCCAAGAAGGAAACCAAGAAUAGCCAAUCAGCAGAAAAAUCAGCGGCGACUGGUGGACAACAAAAGAAGAACGGAAACAAUUAGAGCCCGAUGAUUGUUUUGUGUGCGCGUCGUGAGGUUUUCGGCGGUUUCGGCCGAGUCCUUUUGUUCUCGCUGUAAGCGAUUUCGCGAUCGUGGAUGAAGAUCUUACGUUUUGGAUAUUCAAAGAACCUGUCAAUGUGUAGUUAGAGGUUCGUCAAUGCUACGGAUACGCUCGAAUCAAGUGGUUCUUCUACCUGUAUCAUCUCAGUGCAUAAAAAUUCAAACUUCUCUUAUGUGAACACCUGCGAAGAAACGUGAAGUCGUUCGAACAGAAAUUUAAAAGUCUCCAAAGGAUUAUCCUUUCAGCCUGGUCGGAAAAUUUUGUGUAUACACGCUGCAGUAACACACCAGAGUACAGUACAGUUAGUGAAGUUAAGUUUUGGUGGGGGGCAGUAGCAAACAAACAAGAAGAUUUCUUGCCAGCCCCAAAUCUCAACGUUGAAAUUCGUUGUCGCCGCGGUGCUCCGGGACUACGUCUUGAUCCUACGACGUCGUACUUUAUACGUGUUUUUUUUUCACCGUCCAACUCGGUUCACGCCAGGACGUGAGGAUUCAGCGAAAAAUUUCGCCGCAAUAUCAUCCGAGGUAACAACACACCAACAGCCACAGAAAGGCCAGAGGCGAGCAUUAACCCAAAGCGGCAAAGGAAGAAAAAAUUAGUGAAGAGUUUCCCCCACACUCCCAACGUCUCGGAAACGACUGCUACGGGGAAAGAAAACUCAGGAGAAGCGAAAAAUAACACAAGAUUUUUUUUCUCGGUUAGUGAGUGCCGGUUGGUCCGGUCGGUGUAUCCGCGAAAAGAAACGCGAACCCUCGAACCAAGAAGUCCCACAUACAAGUGAAGCACCGCGAGUAGCAGCAAAAAAAAAGUAUAUUACGGAAGAAAGGAAAGCAAAAUCGCGCCGUGUGUUUUUUCUGUGCAUAGUAUACCUUAAGUAAAUUGGUGGUGCUUUCGCAGUCAUCAGUGUUCCUUUGCGGAUUGUGUCGUCGUCCUGCACCGGUCGUCGCGUGUGCUUUUUUUUCGUAGAGCCUUCUGCCACGGGGACCCAACCGAAGGGAUCCCUGCGUGCAGAUCAGCACCACCGGCCCUAACCGUGGACCAGCAGCAGCGGAAUCGUCCUCCUCAUCAUCUCCAUCCAGUGGCGCUGUUACCGCCACUUCCGCCGCCCCCGUCCCCAUCGUCUUCAUCACCGGUGGUAGGACAUCCACUUCCUCCGCCUCCUCAUCUCAGCAGCAGCAGCAGUGGGCUUCCUCACCAGGGGCUACAUCACCCAGCAGCCCUGCAGCAGCAACAGCAACAACAACAGCACCAGCAACGUGCCGGCUGGGAUUGUAAUUUAUACUCACGCACGACGACGCACUUCAAGAUGAUGAUGGCAACGAAAGGAAAACGCCCCUUGCGGCAUCUCACGGCAACGGACAAGAUCGAUGCCAUCCAGAGGAUUCACGACGGUGAGUCCAAGGCAUCGGUUGCCCGAGAUAUCGGCGUUCCGGAGUCGACCUUGCGAGGAUGGUGCAAAAAUGAGGAGAAGCUGCGCUACAUGUCCCGACAGUCAGCAGAGAAUGCCGAAAAGUUGACCAAUGAGGCCACAGCAGCAGCUUUGACUGCCGUGGCUGCUGCAGAGCUGUUCAACGGACCUCCAGAGAAACGACUGAAACUAGAGCAAGGGUUGUUCGGAAAUGGAAAGCUUAAGUACGACGACAGCUUCUACAAAAGCCCUCGGGGACCGAUGAAUGGGCUUGAUCUCAGUGGGGGCGAUAAAGGAUUGGGAGUUUCCGGAGGUGACAUCAUCAUGAACGGACUGCACGGUGCGGAUUUCAGUUCGUUCGCUAAGACUGCUGCGGAGAUCUCGGCUCUGAGUAAAUCCAAAGAAAUGGACCUUAAAGGUUACGGUGCCGACCUCAGCAAGCACGGAGAUCCAAAGCAGGCAGACCUCUCGAUGGCAGCCAUCAGUCCGCUAACCAGUCUGAGUCAUCUCUCGGGAAUGUCCGGGCUAGCGCAGAGUCCACUGGCACUGAGUUUCAACGAAAUUGCAACAAAUUUGAAUCUCUUUGCACAGCUCAACAACAACCACAACUUGGCCACAAUGUCUAAUUUAGGAGGACUCAGUGCGGCCCAAUCGCUGCGUAAUGCGCGCCCAAAAGCCAAUACUAGUCAGAGUCCACGCACAUCGAACCUAUCUGAUGUAAACGGCGAUAAAAAUCCAUCACUGACGGUUCGCAAUUUGGCCAAACUACAGCAGAAAAAUUCCGGCGAUCUCAGUAAUGGUCGUGAUACAAAUGCACCCGUCGACGAAGCUCUCUGGUAUUGGCUAAAAUCGCAACAAGCUAUGCUCGGAUUGAACAAUCUCUACUCAUCGAUGCCACGCCCCUCGAGUCCUCAGCAGAGUUCAUCGCCUCCUCAGCAACAUCAGCAGGUUCAACAUCAUCCAUCGACCCAAACCCCCACUCCACCUAUCGUUUCGACUCCACAGCCAACGCCUCCAUCAUCUGCUCCAUCUUUGACCCCCGAAGACACCAAGAACUCUUCAUGGUUCUGGCAGUGGUACAAAACCUUCGGAGCGUCGCUGAUGCCCGGAGACAAGUCCAACAACAACACAAUCAACGCAAAUGCCAAUUCCAAGCAAGCUGCUUACGAGAACAUUCUCUACUCCCAGCUCACCAAAGGCCAAAAUUCCGACUCGCUCAACAACAAUGCUCAACCCAUCAACCUAAACAUCAACAGCUCAAACGGUCCGGAAAAUGUGAAAUCCGAACCCGAAGAUCUCUCCAACCACAAUCACUCAUCAUCGAAUGCCGCAGCCGUCGCCGCCCCCGCAGAGGAUCUUCAACGCUUCAACCCUAGCCCGUCGACAUCCGCCAAAUCCGAGCUUAAACAGGAAGACGACGAAGAACAGGCAGGACCUGCCGACGACGAAUCGCCAAUGGAAUCCAAGUGCAACGGCAAGGUGAAGGAUGUUCUGGACAACUUUCUGUUCCAGAACCCAAGCAGCAACGAUCGAGCCAGCCCUGCGAAUCUGUCCAUCCGUUCCAACAAUUCUCCGCGACGUCGUUCAGUCAGCCCAGCUGUAAGUAAUCAUCACGUGAACAGUCCGGAACCGGAAAAUGGCGACCUGGCGGUAACCACGAAUGGCAUCACAACGGAGGACGAGCACAAGAGCGACAUCUCCGAGGAUUCGAACCACAUGCUGGUGGCAGACAUCAAGAGUUCGGCUGAAGCGGUUGAACACGGUGAAAAGUUCCUCAAAUGGCUAGAAGCGUGUAGCGAUCCGAACGUGACAGCCAUGCAGGUUAUGCAGUUCAAAUAUCUGCUCAACAGCAUCAAGCUGAGCGCCGAGCGGCAACAGCAGAAUGCCGUCAGCAGCGGGGAAGAACGUACGAGAGUGCGGCGACGGAAGUAGGUUCCCCUUGCCGUCCAAGAACCGUGUAAAUAUUCCUCUCCCUCUACAAAUCCAGUCUAAAUCAAAAGUUUAAAUGCAUAGAAACACAGACACGAUAUCAUUAGUCCUACUCUCACUUGGGUCGCCCACUAUCUCUCAUUCUAUCGCUCAUUCCGUAAUGAGAGACAGCAGAGUCAAGCUGACCGAAGAAAUCUAGCAGUAGCGCAAAUCCCUAAGGAAAUAAGUAGUUAAAUUUUUCUCAAUUUUUUAUGAAGUCUAUUAUUUUUGUUUACUAUCAUUAUUUUAUACAAAUACUAUGAAAAAGGUCGAGAAAUCGAAUAUAAGUCAUUAUCAGAAGACAGCGCUUUUUCCAGUUGUCGUUUGCGAAACACGGAGGUCCUUUCCCAGGACCCUGCGAAGCGAUAUUUAUCACUAUGACUGUGUAAAUGAUACUCAUUGUUUAUCUAGAGAAAGAGAAGUUGAUAUCGCAAAAACACUUUUGACUAGGUAAGAAUACAACAUGCCAAAUGUACAAGUUAUCAAGAUAUUAAUCUAUGAAAUCCGUAUAUCGCUAUUACAUAAUUACAAAAAUGAACCUAUAAAUGUAAGCAUCUUUGGAAUCAAACUGUCCAAAAGUAAAAUCGAAGAAAUAAACUGAACUAGUAGAGUAAAAAGACACAAACAAAAACAGAAUGGUCUCGUGUUAAAGAUCUCGUAUUUACUUUCGAAAAAAAAAGAAACAAAACAUAUUCUGCUCAAAAAACUCAGUCCAAAGAGAGAGUAACCAAACGCAGGAACCAUUUCGGACACAUUUCGAUUGUCUCAGCGACAAAAACUACACACAUUCCUCUCGAAAUCAUUCGGGAACCGUUCGCCGAAGGUCAUUAUUGUCAUUCACCCACGUUAGGAUUAAGUGAUAUGCAACUUUUGAAAAGUUACACCUAAGACAAUUCGGCCACGCAACCAGUCAGGAAAUCCACCUUGGACAGCAAGCAAACAAAACAAAAAAAAGCACUCAAUUUCGGCUGAAACGAAACAAAAAUAAACUCGAAAACCUAAGGGACAAAUUCAAUGUGAUUAAGAAUAACUGUAUUCCUAGGAUGGCGCGCAAGCGCUGUGCGAAACAUAAGAAACCAAUUAAAACGGAAAACGGUGUCAAACAUUUCUCAAAAAAAAAAAUAUAGAAGACGGCAUAAAAGUGGUUUGUAUGCGUGCGUGCGAUGAGCUCACAUGUUGCAAACGGCCAAUCGUAUGGAGUAUUAAAUAAAUUAAAGAAUAUCGAAAGUGAAUAAAAUGUUGAAUAUGAAAACUGAAAGAUGCAGAAAAAUAAACGACGAAAGGAUACUAAAUAUUGGUAACUAUAAUGGAAAAUUAUUGAACCACACAGAUGACAAACGCUAGAGAUUAAAAUGGAAAAAUAAAUUAUCAAAAUGAUUUCUCAAUAUCAGAAAAAAA